AUGGAUAUUGAAGAAACAAAGGCAAAGCUUAGAGAGCUACAAACAGAAAUGGUAGUACAGAUAGACAACACGAAACAUCUCGAUAAUGUCAGAUAUGUUGCAGGAGCCGAUUUGACAGUUGAAGAUGAUUUAAUGGUCGGUUGCCUCGUUGUUAUUGACAUGGAAAACAUAGAUACUCCAGUGUACUCCAAGUGCACAGUCGUCAAUGUCGAUGUACCAUACAUUCCAGGCUUACUUUGCUUCAGAGAAGGCCCAGUUGUUUUACAAAUGCUUGAUGAAUUUAACCAAGCAAAUACAGGCAUCAAAAUCGACUUGAUCAUAGUUGAUGGCAACGGCGAAUGGCACACACGUGGCCUUGGCUUAGCCUCCUAUGUAGGUCUGAAAUCCAAUAUCCCAGCAUGCGGAGUUUCGAAGACUUUCUUCUAUGUUGGUGAAGGCUGUCCGCAACCAAAAGAUGUCCAAAAAAUGGCCCAAGAUAAAUGUCCUGAAAAGGGUGACUACUAUGUAUUGGACUAUACUACGAGUAAUGAUAGAUACAUUAAAUGCGCUGUGAUGAGAACAACAGAUUCACAUCCAUUCAAUCCGAUCUAUGUUUCUUCCGGUCAUUUAUGCGAUCUAGAUAGCGUAGUUAGCGUUAUAAAGAAGCUUUGCAGAUUUAGAGAGCCAGAACCAACAAGAUUAGCUGAUCGUAUUUCUAGAGAGUUUGUUCGUGAGAACAAGCAUAAGAAAUAG